AUGGAAUGUGAUGCACGAAAAGUAUCAAGCUUAGAAGGACGAUUAGUAGUACUACCAGGAGGAAGAGACAAAGAGGGCCAUCCUUUGGUUUUGAUCACCGUUCCAGUAGAAGCAUCAUCUGUAGAAGUCGAACCUUCACUUCAGUACCUGCUUUCGUUAUUCAGCGAAACGAGUCGUCUGAGAGGCCUGACGGUGAUAAUAGACGGCAGGAAGGGUCCGUGGAAAGUGGCGCGUGCCUGCAUCCGACAGGUGAAUGCAGUUUUCUCCGCGGAAGAGCUGGCGCAGUGCAUCGUCCUCAGGCCGGACGCCUUCUGGGACAAGCAGCGGGUCGAGUAUUGCACAUCGUCGCAGAAAGACAAGGAGGUGAUUUUCAUACCGAGAUCCAGGCUGAAUAAAUAUGUCGACCAGAGUCAACUUCCUGUUGAACUCGGAGGCAACUUUGUUUACGACCACGACAGGUGGAUCGAGACCAGAAAGAAGGUGGAGGACUUCUACGUGGACAGCUCAGUGGCGACGAAGGAACUGGAGGAGCUGUAUGACUACAUACAGAAAAGUACCACCUUCAGAGCUAUUCAGGUAGAACAGGCUAUCAGAACUGGCAAAGAUAUGCUUGAGUCUGCAACGAUGUUGGCUUCAAAUACCACGGAAACAGGGAAAGAGAUAAUAGACACUAUGGAACAAGAAAACAAAACAAGAAAACUAGCAGCCGAAGAUUUCGAUUUGACAAUGUCGAGUCCCCAAGAGUCAAUCGACACGAUAGACAGGGUGUCAGAGGUGAUAAGUAACGUCAAGAAGAAAAAAGAGAAAACCGAUGCUGCCUGGGCAGAACUGGAGAAGAUCCACGAACAGACAAGGAGUCUGAUAGAAUUAGAAGAAAUGGUGUCGAAUGUCGUUGACUGGAUUUUGAACUAUGGAGAUUUUUUAAUGAAUUCCAGACAAGAAGUACCCUACGACGUAACUUCAGCCGACCACCUCAAAAGAGAACACGAGAGCAUCGAACUGCAAUGCUGGGAAACCUACGGAGUCUACGCAGAAUUGAUCAGCGAAAUAGGCAAAUUCUCAGAUGACGAGAAUCUGAGCCCACAGCACACUGAGCUACUCGCUCAGAAAGAAUACAUGGACUACGUUUGUAAGAGCUUUGCGGGUCGGUUAGAGACUAGGAGGAACAUAGUUACCACUUCGUUAAGGUUUUAUAGUUUAGUUGCUGAAUACUACGAGAAAACUGCUGAGGUGUUUGACCAGCUCAUCAGAAGAAGUAACGUGGCAGACUUUGAGUCGGCGGCGUUCAAGCUGAGAGAGCUUAAGGAGAAUCAGGAUUUUUUAGACGCCAUACAACACGAACUGGUCAAAGAAGGUGAAAAGCUAUCAGAACUGCUCUUGCUGCCAGUGAAAGAUACUCUUGGCAAGGACCUCAGCACAGACUACACCGAAGACAUUUUCAACCUUCGCGAUGUGAUAGAAGGGACGAACGCUAGAAGGAAUAUUUUCACAGAUAGUGUAGAGUUUCAGAAGAUCACUUUGGAACAGGUCAUUCAUAUUGACAACUAUGAGAAAUACACACACCAAGCUAUACAGUGGUUGGAUGAGCUACUCCAGAUUUUAAUGAAGGAGCAUAGCGAAGUUGGUUGUACCGUUUAUGAGUUGCAGAAGGAGAAAGAAGCGCAUCAGGGUGUCAUUGACACUGCUAAGUCAACCUACCACUACGGAUGCAAGCUCCUCAACGCCUCCUUGGUUCUACGGCAAUCCUGCAGACUACCUCUAGAAGACCACGCGAACCUGUACCAAAAACUGCGAUCCUCAUGGCAAAGGAUCUUCGCCAUCAGCCAAGAGCAAAUGACCAGAUUGAGGGUAUCUACCGUCUUCCACAGAUCUAUCGAGGAGCAGAUGAACAGACUUAGGGACUUAAGAGAGGCUGUAGCGACCAUACUGCUCAUGGACUCUGCUAUCAAGAUGGAGAGGGUGAACUACUACUUCGGAGUUAGGGAGAAACUUAUGCUGGAGGUUGGGAGGACCGUGAGGGUUGGGAGGUUGUUGAAGAGUAGGCUGAAAGAACCACUUUACCAAAAUGAAAAGCUUCUGAGCUCAUUCACCUCCGUAAAAAGUGAAGAUUUCGAAAAAUCAGUCAGUUUCUCGAGCGGAAAUGAAACUGCUAUCGAAGCGAUCACCGAAAAGCUAACUGAAGUUACCCUUCUGGCAGAAGAGUUGGAACAAGCGUUGCUGAGCGCAGAGCAGGACUGUCUAGUGUUCGCAACGACAUCGAAGUUGACGUUUUCGAAUAACGUUACCAAGAAUUUGAACAGGAAGAGUAUGGAGGGAAGACGAAGCUCCACUGAGCCGAAACCUCAGAAACCAGAGGACCUCAAAUCCGACGAAGAGUUCGUAACAGCCUCCGAGAGUACCCUUCAGCACUCGAGGUCCUCUUCGUACAACACUGCGUCAGAGUGCGAGCAACACCACGCUCCUUGGUGGGAGCAUGGGAAGGAGUGCCCGCCUCAUCUGGCCAAGCAAAAGAUGGUACUUGGUGUUGGUCUGCCAGACCUUCCUCCUCCAGAGGAGGUACUCAAACCUUCACCGGAGCCACCACCGGGCAAGAUCGCGCGGGAGGUUGUUGAGACCACACACAUAAAGGUACGCCAACAACACACCAUGGGCGUAUCUUCUUUCGUCCUCACCUCUGAAACAGUGAGGGACAAGAGAGACGACGUAGUGACGACUAGAGAGGAAGUAGUGCGAGUGACAGACGAACAUGGCAACGAAGUGGUGGUAUCUGUGCCGGAAAGAGAAGUGGAUCUGGCCGAUUUCGAGAAGAGGAUGAAAGAGGUAGGAGUGAGCAGUGAAGAGAAAGCUUGGCGCAACUAUCAGCUAACUAAGCAAGCUAUGAAAGGAUUUGUUAUUUAAGCUCGAAUGGGAGGUUGCUUUGCAAUGGAAUUAUCAAUUGACCCGUUAGUGACUAUUUCUUGAGCGCUUAUUUUCUGGCAUUUGGUUGAAACAUUGAAAAUCUCACAGAAAUCACUAUGCGCAUUUUGCAAUCUUGCAAAAAGUUAAAAUGAGUUGAAAAUGUAAAUAAAUUGGUUGUCACCUUUUCUAUUCAAUCGAAAUGUCAAAAGUUACUCUGCGCCUUUUGUUAUCUUUCAGAAACCUGAAAAAGUCGCUCUACCAAAAGUUAACGAAAACUGACAUUGCUACAAUAAACUUGAUUAUUGCUUUUGUAUCUAAUCGAUAUUCAAUCUUCCAACUUGAAACGAUGGUAGCUAAUUUAUGACCAAGGGUCAAUUGAACUUUAAAGCACUAGCUUUUGAAGAGCUUUCCAACAGAUCCAUAGAAGUAUGAAAUAGAAAUUUGCAUUUUUUAUUCAUUGAGGCCAUACUUUAAAUUAUAAAAAUUCGCCAAUAUCUACAGAAGUUUUUCAGCUUGCCAAAUCUGUAUAUAAAUUUAAAUCCAGUAGGUACCUGUUUAGUUUACUGACUAGAAGUACAAGACGAACUAUAAUCAUAAAUAAAUGUAACUAUAGGCUAUCUUUGGUUAAUACAGUCUCACAAAUAGAUUUAUUUUUGAGUUUGAAUACGAAUAUGUAUGUAUGUUUCGGUAUGUACUUGAGAGCAAUAAACGAAUCCGGAUUUUAGGUAUUCUGUUUCAUUCUAUACUCUCGUCACAUCCCAAAGAAAAAUUAAGAUCCAAAUAUAUAUCCAGAAUUUCUUUUAUUUAACCGAAAUUUUUGAAUCUUCGUUUUUAAACAGAGAGGAAGGUAAGAAAGUACCUACCACAAAUCAGCAAUUAUUAUCCGGGGUGUUUCAAGAAAAAAGAUCAUUUAGUCAUUUUAUUUUAAUAUAUAACUGUUCCGAAAAAACUUAACAAUAAUUAAGCAAAAUCUGAGACACUUUUUGCAGAAGGGAACCACCCACUAAAUAUGAAAAAUCUAGAUUUUAGGAAAAUAACCUAUUAUGAGCAUAUAACCUUAUAAAUUGUUCAGUGUUAUAUUAUAUACACAUAUUUAAAGCCUUUAGUAUGCCAUUAAUUUAAAUCGUUUUUGGUCUAACAUGAAUUUCUUAUCAUUGUCAAAACUUAAAAGCCUAAUUGCCCAAUAAUUGUUUUUCUGGGUUGGUUCCUUUCUGAAGAAAGCCAUCCAUUACAAGAACAUUCGUGUCGCUAGGAAUCGUUAAGAAAUCGGUUCAUUAAGACAACAAAUUGUCAUAGAGAUCUAGAUCGUUAGGUUUGAAUCUGGUUAGUUUUCUCCAUUAGCGGUUUGGGCUACAGUAACGCAUAUUUUUAGAAUCGCCCGGAAAUUCACCACUUCACAGCAGGUACUUUAUCAACAUACAAAAAAAAAUUGCUUUUCGCAGGCUUGCUAGUGAAAAAUGCUCUUAGCACCUAAAUAUGCAUAAUAUUGUCUACUAUUCAUAAUGUGAAAUAAAAUUGUAAGAUUGAAGGUAGUGACCAUUUUAGCACCUGUAUUUCCAAAUAUGCGGAAAAUCAACACGUAUUCGUGCAUUGACCAGCUUAAUAAUCAUUAUUAUCCGUGUUCCUUGUGCUUGAUACAUUAAGUAUCAUUACCAUUCAUCUCUUCAUUUCUUUGUUAACUAAUAGAAUAAAUCAUUGACAUAACCCACUAUAAGAUCAAAUAUCCAUUUAAACUAUAAAUUACAAUUGUUAUAUCCAGCUGUCAUAGAAAGCGCACGUGUAUUCGAUUGUUUAUGCAUUAAUUAAUAAUUACAUAACUGUUAAUAAGCGUAUGGCGAUAUUUGCAAGCCAGGAAAAAUGUAGUACAAAAAUAUUUUAGACAGUUGGUUUAUGGUGAACUGUGUCAUAUAUAAAUGUAAGUUAGGUUCUGUCUGGUUGUUUGAUCGUUAUAUACGCGCCAGCUUGCUUGCAGAGUGGUUUGUGGAGUUUGUAUCUGUUUCUUGUUUUUGGUGUACCUUGGUGCCAAUAUCUCAAUAUUAUAGAUAUACAUAUAAUUUUUAUCACAUUCCCGCGGAAAUGAGCAAAAUGAAGAUUCCGGACUUUGGCGUGAAAACUUCAUGGAGGGUGUUACUUAAUGACGGGCCGUCAUUACAAGAGCGUCGGCCAGAUUCCCAGAUUCAAUUAAAAAAUAUGUGUCAAAAUUGUCAAGGAGGCAAAGUUUAAUAAGUGUUUUAUUUAUAUCUCAAAAAUUCUUGAGCCAAUUUUGAAGAGUUCUGGCGGUGAUGGUCGUAGCAAUAAAACGCAACCCAUUAGUGGUACUUGAAGAUAAUUAUGAAUUCCAUUGUCAUUUCAAACAACAUUGACAAAAAUAUCUACGCCACCGACUUUACAGAAACCCACAUUUUGUCUCAUCUUGUUCCUUCUCAGCUGACUUUGUUUUCGAAGAGAAAAAUCCAAUUUCAUUACAUAUCGAGAAACUAAAAUCAAUGUUCUGUUGUUAUGAUGUCGGAAAUGAUUUCUUUUCCAAAGCUCUGACUCGAAAAUCAGAUUUUUCUAUUUGAGAUUCAUUUAGGAAUGCGCACUAGUAAUUGCGGCCUAUCAUACUGAUUACCAGAAGCUGUUUGGACACUUCCCUUGGGAAUGUUAACAACUAAAGCAAUAGACUGAAAGGGUGCUUAACUGGGUGAUUGUCAAGUUGACUGUCUUGAGGGAAUGUGAAUUUUGGGGCCUUUAGGGGAUGUCAGUGCCAGGUACAGAAAAAUUUAAAAAAAAUGGGCCAAGUGGAUGGGCUGAGUUCUUGCCAAGCAAUAAUAUAAGAAAGAAAUUACAUCAGUGGUAACACCUCUGCAAAUAACUUUUGCGCUGCGCUCAAUAAUUAUUAUCAUAGUCCUGAAACCCUAGGCAGCAGCGGUGGCCGCAGUAGUAGACUCUUCGGUCUCCUGAUGAGUCGCCGUUGGCUGUGCGGGUUCGAGUCCCGUCCCAGGAGAAAUUUUUGUCCGUAGGUGGUAGACGGUCUCUGACUGUCGAACGCGGAGGUACCACCCGGCGGAUCUCGUAGGCGGAGCCAGAAUGUGCAUGCACACGUGUUCUAUCGCCAGAGUCCGAGUGGCGUCCCCCCCUCUUUCCCCUGUAUCCCCCUAUAGCCCCACGGCACCCAAUGGGUGUUUAGGCCUUAGGCCUUCGUGGUAGCUGGAGUAUAAAAAAAAACCCAACAAAAAUAACUUUUGGGGUUUCGCUCCACCAAUGGACUGAUUAUCGAAAUGUGUAUGCCUUUUUCCUUAUUGCCCUUGAUCAAAAUUUCUCGAAUUCGAAGUUCUUCACGCUGAUAGCUAUAUAGGGGACAUAUAAUUAAUUGUUUGACUUCAAAAAUAAGUAAUCUGGGUCUUCGAACUUACCAACAACAAAACAAUAAACUAAUUGUUCUAAUAUAAAAAAUUAGUUAAACAGAAAUAGAUGAAUCCUCUCUCGCAUCCCCGAGUGAUUGAAAAUUUCACCAAGUUUAUGAGUAAUUUUCGAAAGCUCCGUUUUGUGAACAACUUUCUGUUCCAACAGCAUUGAUAAAAGAACACCUUGUGUCUAUAAUUUUCUUCUCGAAUUUAGCGAUAUUGGCACCAGCCCUAAAAUUGCAUAAUAAUACUAACACAAGAAAUAUAAUAAUGUUAUAUAUAAUAAUAUUGUUCCUUUACCCCUAUCCCUCCC